GGCGACGGGGUCGGGGAGUACCACCGAAGGACCUGGUAGUGAUGCGGCAGCUGCAUCUUGUUCGCCCACCAACAGGUACUCGAUGGGCAGCCGUGGUUCUUGCGACGCUGCGUCCGCAGCAUCUAGCAGUGCUGGUGGAGCAACGGGGUAUAUUGCAAAUGCUCGCGCGCAGCACAAAUCGAAAUCCAGCUCUGCGUCUACAGACGGCAAGCCGCAGUUCCAAUUUUUCUUCGGUACCAAUCACGACCUGGAUGUAGUAGUCCCGUCACCCAGAAAGAAAGGCAUCACUCAUCGUGGCAGCAGUGGUCCAGCUGGCAUGGAGAAAAGCGACGAAGAUGACAACGGGGGCAGCAGCAGCAUUGAGAUUGACCAUGGUGACCGGGGUUGUAGUACCACCGGCGGCGCCGACGUCGAGGAACCAACAGUAGCAGCAGCAGAUGACCACCCAAAACCGCCACAACCAAAAGCAAAACCGGAACCCCUUCUGCUUCCCCUUUCCGCAAGCGAAAAGGCGAAAACCCGAAAAGUUCUGCUCAACACCCUCGUCGAGAGGAAACUGCAGCCCACGGACGCCCGGGUCCAGUCGCUCCGGGACGAAAUCCAUUCUCGCCGCGGGGCAAUUGGGGUUUUAUCGUGGGGCUACCCGUUCAUCAGCGGUCACAAGAGCGGCUUUUUGAAUGCGGCGAUGCUUGACCCCCCCGCGGCGGUGCGACGUGGGUGGGUGGAAAAGCUGGGGGAACGGGCGGAGGAAGUUAAGAAGACCGUGCCUGUUUAGAAGACAUAGUUCGUUAAUUUUUUCUACAUGUUAUCUCGUUUUGUGGGCAACAGAAUUUUCUGUUACUAAAGAACAAAAAACCAUGGGUCCGUGUCCAGUUGUUGAGACCUUCUGGUACAAUUUGAAUUUUUUUUUUGCCGUGUGGUCAUUGUGUUUGCUACAAACAUCAAUGCGAUUUUUGUUAUAAGCGAGGCUGAGUACAGGAGCACACCAGCUGGAAAAUUUACCUGCUUCGGCACCCAGCAUAGAAAUGCCCCCAGAACAAGAAGAUGAAGACAUCUGGUUGCCGCCACUACUUUCAUGUGAGAAACGACCGAAAAAUCUGGUCGAGGGCAAGUUUUGAUUGGGAAGUUUUUUUUCAUAGCGAGGCCAGCAGGGAUACUUGAUAUUGGCCUCCUGAUUUUUCAUCGUAGAACUCUAUUUGUUGUACUUACGGUACCACGAUCUAGAUUGCAGAUGAUACCGCAAUAACAAAAUGCACACAAAGAAUACCAAGACCCCCGCGAACGUACAGC